AUGGGGGAGGAGGAGGAGGAGAUCUGCGUGCGCCGCGGUCCCGAAGAGAUGCCGGAGCAGGUCGAGGCACGGACGGGAGAGCAAACACGUCGUCUGACCGUAAGACCUGGUCGGGGAACCAAACAGUCAGCUCCGGUGCACUUGCUUGCAAAUAUCAACACCGCUGCUUCCCAGUUGAAAGGGAGCGAAUUACAGGCACAGGGGUCGGAUGCCGGUCUUCAAAGGCUGCCGCAGCAACGUCUCAUCUCAGAUUCCUUUAUCAGGGCCAUGCGUUGGGAGCUGCGAUCGGAAGACACAGUUGGAAAACAAACGUGGCAACUUGAAACAAAAGGAGUCGACAAAUUUGAGCUGAAGAAAGCCAAGCCAUCAGGACCACCAACACCUCCUCUAACACCGACAAGUCAGAACCAGCUGACAACCCUUCAUCACCCUAGUCCUAUCCAUCUACCAAAUGCUCUGGCCUGUGGCGCCGCAGCUGGUACCCUCAAAGGUGCUGAACACGUCCCUUUCUUACCCCUUGGUGCAAUCAGUACUGCUGCAUGGACACAGGGUCUCGCCACCUGGCAGGUACCACCUGGUGCCAUCACAGCACCACCAAGUGCCUCACUGACGGUACCAAAUCCAAACAGCACAUUGAGGCGCCUAGUACUCAACGGUUCCUCAUCGGUGCCAUCCUCUCGCCACCACACAUCAUUGGGGUCAUCAUCGGCACCGCCAAAGAAAGCACCUAAGUUUGACUUUGCUCAUCUGGCCAUUGCCGCGACUCAACCUUGCAGUGCCGAUAGUAGCAAGACGCGGUUGGUGCCUUUGCAACCAACCGAGAGGCGCCGGGGGAGAGGACCGAUGAGAGCUAAAAAAGAGUUCAUCUGCAGGUUCUGUGGACGUCAUUUCACCAAGUCAUACAACCUUCUGAUACAUGAAAGGACCCAUACUGAUGAAAGACCAUAUUCUUGUGAUAUCUGCCAUAAGGCAUUUAGAAGACAAGACCAUCUUAGAGACCACAGGUACAUCCAUUCUAAGGAGAAACCAUUCAAAUGUGGAGAGUGUGGUAAAGGAUUCUGUCAGGCAAGAACUCUAGCUGUUCAUAAAACCCUUCACAUGCAGCAAUCGCCUCACAAGUGCGCCACCUGUGGACGGACCUUCAACCAACGUAGUAACCUAAAGACGCAUCUUCUAACCCACACAGACAUCAAACCCUUCAACUGUCCUAACUGUGGAAAGGUCUUCAGACGGAACUGUGACCUGAGGCGACAUAGCUUUACCCAUAACGAGUGUGUUGGUGCUAUCCAGGCUGCAGCUGCAGCGGCUGCUGCCGCUGCCGCUGCUGCCGGCACAGGGCCGAUGACAAACAACUCGAUGAACAAUGGUGGUGCUACACUUGUAGAGGUUGCAAAUUAA